AUGGUUCAAUAUAAUUAUCAAGCUCCAUGGGUUCCCAUAUUUAAUAAUUGUGUUAAUGGAGAAUUAACAGCAACAGAUCAUAAACCACCUUUUACAACUUUUCAAUUAGCUACAAUCGAUAAAAAAUCAGGAUAUCCCAAAAAUAGAACUUUAAUAUAUAGAGGUUGGUUAUUUAAUAAUAAAUCUUCAAAUGUUUUAAUUUUUACAACUGAUAAAAGAAUGGAAAAAUAUCAAGAAUUAUUAUUAGAUGAUAAAAUUGAAGCAGUAUUUUGGUUUAGUCAUAUUAGAAAACAAUUUAGAUUAAGAGGAGUUGCAAAAAUCAUUGAUAAUGAACAUAUACCAAAUAUUGAUUUAAGUCAUAUUAAUGGAAAUAAUAGUACUAACAAUAACGAUUCAUCUAAUAAAGAUUCAAAUAUUCAAAAUAAUUCAAUUCAAUCAUCGUUACUAUCACCAUCUCAUGUAGAUCAAAAACCGCAAGAAGAUAAUCAAGAACAAGAAGAUUCACAUAUAGAUAACGUGCAUAACUUAAUCCCACCAACAAAUAAAGAAUGGGAAGAAGAAUUAAAAAGAAAUUGGAAUGAUUUAUCAAAAACAAUGAAAACAUCAUUUAGAAAACCUUAUCCAAAACUGGAAAUGAAUGAUGAUAAUUUAAAAUUAAUUUCAAAAAUUCAAAGAGGUGUUGAUGGUAAAAAAGAUGAUGAUGGUUUUAAAAAUUUUGUUGUUGUUGGUUUAUUUAUAAAUUAUGUUGAUUAUUUUGAACAAGAUAAAGAUAAAAGAUUUAUUUAUGAAUUAAAUGAUGAAUUACAUUGGGAAGAAAAAGAAGUAUGUCCUUGA